AUGAGCUUUGUCGCGGACCAAGUCCGCGCCAUCGACCUGCAGCUCGACAGGUUGCAUCUUGAACAAAUCUCCGCUCUUCCUCCCUCCGCAGUCUCCGACUCCGAUCCGACCACCAGAGAGAUUUCCCUUGCCACUCCUCCGUCCCCGCGCAUUCUCAAGCUCCAAGGCAUCAUCAAAUCCCUCUCAUCCACCUCGUCCACCCUCCUGACCCCACAGCAGAUUACAUCCCUGCUCUCCUUAGCCGACAUAUCCGCCGCUAACCCUACAAUUGCAAUCAACGACGAAAACGUCGGGACAUACCUUGAACACGAGUUAUCAUGGCUUAUUGUAUCCAAGGCCGCCAUACAGACUUAUGGCGUCAUACUACUCUCUCUUGUCGACGCUACUCUCCCAUUAAGCGAUGAUAUCUACUACUGGGAUGAAGUUCUUUCUUCAUACCGCUAUACCUUACUUUACUCUCUUCAAACCUCCCCUUGGCGUCUCUACGACUUUGCAAAAGAGGUCUAUCACGAUGCUCGUAUCCGCUUCGAAAGAGGCGAAUUAAUCGGUGCUGACAAUGUAAUCCAACCGGAAGCUGCGGCUGCAGCUGCAGCCAGCUUAUCUGAAACCGCUCAGAGAUUCUACGGUCUCAUACGGACGUCCUGGCAUGAACGGAGUUUAUCGGUGUUUAAUGCAAGAUUGGUAUCGCCGUUCGCUCUGAUUACGCAUUCAAUCCAUCAGAAGCAUGCGAAUAUUUCAAAAUUAAGGGCCAUGCAGGCUUCCGCUUUGGGGGUACUGAUGAACGAAGGGUUAAUGUUUGGGCAGGAUGAUGAUGUUGAAAAGGAUGAUUGGAAGGGGGUUGUCGAACGCAGUAUUGUGCUGAUGGAUAAUGUGGUCAAGAAUGUCUCCAAUAUACACCAUGUCGGUGGGGUUGAGCAAUUUGAAGAUUUGGUGUUUAUGGGCUCGGGCGGCGGGGCAUCGGAGUUUGAGGAUGUUGCUGUUCUUUCGCACCGUCUACAGCAAAUGUUGAGGGGACACCUACCCAAGCAGGAAUUGCUAUCAAGGGAGAUAUUGAGAGUAAAUGGCAGACCCAGUUGGAUAGUGAGGUAUUGGAUCCCCAUUACGGCAGUAUUCCUCUCAUCGGGGACAUUACUCCGCCUACUCGUCAACAGACAAGAAGCAAUUCAAAUGUGGAUACGGGAAGCCGGUGAAACUGCUUAUGAAUUCUGGGAUAACUGGGUAGUCGACCCGAUCAAACGUAUCAUCAGCACGAUUCGCACAGGUGAAGAUCAAGAAGUCGCCCUGAUGAGCCGCGAAUCCCUCAUCUCAGACCGCGAAAGUUUGGAACGCAUGGUUGUCGAAUUUGCGAUCGAUAACCCUUCCGCCGCUUUAGAAAAUGCUUCUACACCACUUACGCCCGCAGAAAUAGAAUUGAUUAGGGAAAACGUCAAACAGGGGGACUUGACACCAGUCCUACGAGUUUACGAACAAGAUAUGAAGAAACCAAUCCGCGGCGCGGUUACAGGCGAACUGCUACGCUCGCUGUUGAUUCAAAUCCAAAAGACAAAAGUCGACGUCGAAGUAGCAGUCAGCGGGAUCGAUAAUAUGUUGAAAUCACAGCAGUUACUAUUCGGCAUGUUAGGUCUUACGCCGGGGGUGUUGAUCGUUGUUGGCACAACCCGCUGGAUGCGAAGCGCCUGGGGCGGGCGGAACGGGAUCAAGAAAGGUGAAGCAAAGGGCCGUAUGGUUCGCAUAUUACGCCAUAUCGACAGGAUACUAUCCACCAGUGCGGCAUACCGUGCAACCAAGGGCCGUGGUCCCGAGGUCCACGGGGAGAGAAGCAGCAUCUUAACGUUUAAGGAGCAUGGAUUGUUGCUUUGUGAGAUCCAUGUGCUCAGGCAGCUUGCCGGGUACGUUUUGCCAAGAGGGGUAGUGAUGAAAGAGUUCUUGGAGGAUUUGGAGGAGAUGGGGAAUAUUAGAAAUGGAGUUCGGGCUCAGAGGGGGGUUGUGGAGAGGGUUAGAUGGGCAUAUGCGAAAUGGAUGAAUUGA